AAGAGGUUGGACGGUUUGUGCGCAUGUCCAGCCCGCCUGUAACUGAGCCCAGUUACAGGACAGGUAAUGGAGCCAAUCGGUGAGAAACUGCUGGCCAUCACGGAGCUGUUUUUAGUGUCAACCCCCUUUUAAUUAGAUCAUCCCGCUCGAAAUCGUUAGCAUUGGGGUUUUUUUUUAAACAGAGUCAGAUAUUGCCCGGAACGCAUAUGGAUUGUACUGUGUCCUGGAGUCCAACAUUGGAUCUAAGGGAUUGAGUUUCCUGGAGAAACAGCGAAAUCUGCUCCUGGACUUUCUCACGCUCUCCUUGAUCUUUCGCACCACUGUCUUGGUGGGAGCCAUGUUCCAGCCCACGGCCAAGAGAUGCUUCACCAUCGAGGCUCUGGUGGGCAAAGACACCACGUCGGCCCUAGGGGAUGAGCCCCUGCGCCCUACCGCUCUCAGAUACGCCGACUCGGUGCACGCAGCCCCGUUCGGAGGUGGCUUCCAGAACGCCGGCAGGACUCUCUACAGCAGCCCCGAGCUCCUGUUCCCUGAGCCGGUAACACAUGCGACCAGCCCCGCUCUGUCUAUGCACCCGGGCAAUCCGCACCAUCUCCCCGCGCAGUCAUUCUUUGCACCGCCGCAGAGAGAGGCGCUGAGCUUUUACCCGUGGGUGUUAAGGAACCGAUACCUAGGUCACAGAUUUCAAGGUAGUGAAGGGGGACCUGAGGGCUUACUCCUGCACGGCCCGUUCACCAGAAAACCAAAACGGAUUCGAACGGCCUUCUCCCCUUCCCAGCUCCUGAGGUUAGAGAGAGCCUUCGAGAAAAACCAUUAUGUGGUGGGAGCCGAGCGAAAGCAAUUAGCCAACAGCCUGUGCCUCACAGAAACCCAGGUGAAGGUAUGGUUUCAGAACAGGAGGACUAAGUACAAGCGACAGAAACUGGAAGAGGAGAGCCCUGACACACAACAGAAACGGAAAGGCACACAGCAUGUGAACAGGUGGAGAAUGGCAACCAGGCAAACCAGCCCAGAGGACAUAGAUGUCAUUUCAGAAGAUUAGAGGCAGAUUGGUCAAAAACACAAACAGCGAUACGAACCUCUCAGUAUAAUUCGUGCAAUGGUCACACCCUGCAGCUGGGUCCAUGGACUGGAUCAUGGAACAGAAAAUAAACCUAUAAAUAUACUCAACACGUUUUAUCCCAGUGGCCCACUGUGGAGCUAAGGAACCCACUUCUAAUCAAGUCUUAGGAGGCAGGAUGGACUUCUUUUUGAAACAAAAAGCUUCAAACGUGUGAUUAUUCUUUAAUGAAAAGGAAUGUUUGUUUUUUUUAAAUGUUCGACUGCAUCAAUUUGAAGCCGGUUUUCUCCUCGCUGGAAAUGACCUUCGGAUUACGAGGCCGAGGAUCGAACACACUCACAAGGCCACUCGCUAUACAUUGGGAAUUCAAUUCUUUUAGCACGGAUUGAGCUACGGGGAUGGCGACUUUCCACGUUUUAGGUCUGGAGGAUUUAUAAAGAGAGUGAAAUAAAGUGCCCGUAAGGGCAGACACACUGAGCACACGGGGAGUGCGAAUGAGAAAGACUCAUUGAGAAAAUAAAAAAAGUUUCUACGGGUUUGUAACAGAGAAAAGGACGGUCUGUAGGAGUUUAGCGCCGAGGACCUCGUGUAAAUGAAAGACACCACGUGGAUUCUGUUCCUUAAUGUACUUUUGAUGUCCUUAGGUCUGUUUUAUAAUAGUCUUCGUUGUCGAUUAUAAAUAUGUGUCACAAAUGGCGUGUCUGUACUGCAGAAUA